UAACUCAUUCUUCAAGAACAAAUGACGCGUAAUCAAUUGGCGUCAAUAAUUAAUUUACAUAGCUUCAAUAGUUCAGAGAAAAUUAUCACUAACAAAGAAUAAAUAAUCCUACGGUCUGUUACGCAAUGAGGAACUGUGCAUUAUUUUCGAUAGCAGUUAUCAAACACAAAAGGGAAACAAAAUCACAGUAUUACAUACGCCUCAAAUCGGAUGCGCACUACCUUACUGCGCAGAGACUACCGAACAUAGUAUUAUGACGCUCUUAUGGCUCGCAAUAUAAUUUGUAUUCCUAUCUCUACUCUGACCUUCCUCAAUGCGCUCAAAUGUAUUGUUAAAAUCAUAAAAUCGUUAAAAUGAGGGAUGUAAACUAGUUAUUAAGUAUUUACUUGCUUACUUCACACGUAUUUAUGAUUCACGUCAGUGUUAGUGAAACUAAAAGCAACAGAUUUUUUCAAAUUACCACUUAAGUAUCUACGUACUGCUUUAAACUUACAUAAUCGAUGAAAGAUUAAGUACACAAAUACAUGCAAUAUAAGUUACAUUUAAAUGUAGAUAUUCUUAUGUUAAUAACAACCGUAAUAUGUAUGCACAUGGAAUAUCUACUACCUCCAUUUUAAUUACAGUAAUACAUCAGCAUGACUCUUUAUCACGAAAUUAUAAAAAACUCAUAUCUUAUUAUAUUUGCCAUGUUUCUUGGAGUCGUGGGAAUUUUACUUUUUCUAUUUUUCAAAAAUUCUAAAAAAUCUUGGCGAUUUAUAUUUGAGGAACAAAAGUACGAUAUUUUUUAUGGCAUUAUGGGUCUCUCCGCACUUCUGGACGAUGCUAUUUCCAGAAACAAGAACAAAGUGGAAUUUCGCGAGUUGUCAGGCAAAGUAGCCGUUAUUACAGGCGGUGCAAGAGGGAUUGGUAAAGAAGUGGUAAAAAUGCUCCUAAAAUGUGGCAUUCACGUGGUCAUCGGUUGUCGAAAUAUUAAAGCGGGCGAACAGCUUUUUAAAGAGUUUAAAAGUGAAGGAAUUUCGGUUGAAAAUUGCACNAUUUGUUAUAUCCAAUUUUAA